AUGCAUCGUUCUUCAGCUGAAUCUACAAAAGACGAUGUUCUUGCGGAACGGAUGAAUCUCGGAUGCCCCAUUCACGCUCAACGGAACGAACAUAUCCGAAUGCACAGCUACGUUUAUCUGGGUCGGGAACUGAACAUGAUGAACGACCUGACCCCCGAGCUGGGCAGAAGGAGACGAGCGGCUUGGGGAGCGUACAAGAGCAUCGAGGAUGUAGUGAAGAAAACUAGGAACACUCGGCUCCGUGCUCACCUCUUCAACACCACCGUACUUCCUGCUUUAAUCUAUGCUUCGGAAACCCGGGCAUUUCGCAAGCAGGAAGAAAAUGCGGUGAGCGUCAAUGAACGCGCCAUUGAGAGAGUGAUGCUGGGAGUAUCCCUUUUCACGCAAGUGAAGGACGGGAUUCGAAGUUCUCUCCUACGUUAG